ACCACGUGUCUGGCUAUCCUAAAGUUCGCAUUUAUUACAUAUAAUGGAUUCUCAUACCAUUCUGACGCCGAAAAACAACAAGGCCAACAUCCUCUUGAUGGGUUUACGGAGAGGGGGAAAGUCGUCCAUUUGCAAAGUCGUCUUCCACAACAUGCAGCCGUUAGACACACUUUACCUUGAAUCCACGUCAAAACCCACAACGGAAAAGUUCCACUCUUUGAUUGAUCUCUCGGUGAUGGAGCUUCCCGGGCAGCUCAACUACUUCGAGCCCAGCUAUGACUCGGCCAAGAUUUUCUCGCAGGUCGGGGCCUUGGUGUACGUCAUUGAUUCCCAGGACGAAUACUUGAAUGCCUUGACAAAUCUCUCGAUGAUCAUCGAGUACGCCUACAAGAUCAAUCCGCUGAUCCACAUCGAGGUGCUCAUCCACAAAAUUGACGGUUUGAGCGAAGACUACCGCCUCGACACCCAGCGCGACAUUAUGCAGCGCACCGGAGACGAAUUGUUGGACUUGGGCUUGGAGGGUGUCCAGGUCUCCUUCUACCUUACUUCCAUCUUCGACCACUCCAUCUACGAGGCCUUCAGCCGCAUCAUCCAGAAGUUGGUGCCGGAGUUGCCCAGCUUGGAAAACAUGUUGGACAAUUUGGUGCAGUACUCGCGUUUGGAGAAAGUCUUUUUGUUCGACGUCAACUCCAAGAUCUACGUUGCCACCGACUCGUCGCCGGUCGAUAUCCAGACCUAUGAGGUUUGCGCUGAGUUUAUUGACAUCACAAUCGACUUGGACAGCUUGUAUGAGAAUGGAGAUCAGGCCAGACCGGCCAUCAAGGAUGAAGUCAAGUGUAUCUCGACCUUGCAGAACGGCGUUACGUUGUAUCUUCGCCAGAUGAUUAGAGGGCUUGCCCUUGUGGCGCUCGUGCGAGUCGACAACGAGGGGGAUGUGUAUGGAGGUGAUAAGAUUGAGGAUGAAGAGAACGGUAACUACUACCAGUCGUGUCGCGAUAAGAACUUGCAGCAAUCAUUAGCGAUUAUUGACCACAACGUCAAUGUGUUCAAGCAGGGCUUGGAAAAGGUUUGGGAGCAUUCCAGGAUUCGCUCAUAAGGAAUUGUAAUACACAGUGUAUGUUAACACAUGUAAGGGACAUUGUAUAUUCAAAUCUUCAUGGUAUCUAUCCUGAGCACAGAUUCCUU